CCAAUGCCUGACACAGUUUCAUUGGAUGGUGGACUUAACAGUAAGCCAGCUUCAGACGAAGCUUUUACGUGUGAAACUGAAGGUAUCUUGACGGGCAACUGGUCCUAUCAAGAUGGAUACGUCAAUGUAGCAAUUGUCAACUCCGAAAACACCUACAAGGACAUUAAAUUGGAUUUGAAAAUCCUGAAGUGUUACUUUCCAAAUUGUAUUAAACCACCCCCUAAAGACGAGGAACCUCCGUUCACUGAAAGACCGGACUAUUCCAAAAAGUGGGAUUCAAAAAUCUGGAAAUUCAAUACAACUGGUAAUCUUAUGACGGCUUCAGAAAGUAGCGAGACAGUUAACCAAUUUCCAGCAGAAAACCAGAAUGUUUUAAUAGAGGAAGGUAUGUGGGUUCUUAUAUCGAAAUACAAAGUUCCCGCACUGGGCAUUGUGACAAUAAAAGGUGGACUUGAAAUCGACUACAAAUAUACAUACGAUUACGAAUUCAAAGCCAGCGUUAUCAUAGUUCUGGGAGGUCGAUUUCAUGUCGGCUGGCUGAACAAUCCAAUGACGCUUCCAACGGCUAGAAUCAUUUUGACCGGAAAUAGGAAUAGCCCGAUGUAUACCGAAAUUGACGGUAUUCCAGUCAGCAAUAAAGCUUUAGCUGUAUAUGGUGCUUUUGAGGCUCACGGUCUAAAUCAUGGAACAUCCUGGGUCCGACUUGCAGAGACAGCCCCUACUGAUACCAAAACGCUUACCAUCCGUACAGAUGAUUCGUUGAACUGGAAGACAGGGGACAGUCUUAUCAUUACAUCGACAUCAAACAAUAAAGAGGAAGCUGAACGCGUAGAAAUACAAAGUUUUGAUAAAGAUACUGGGACGAUAACACUGAAGAAAAAACUAAAGUACAGACAUAGUGGAGGUAUAGAGACUGUCAAUGGACGAAACAUAGAUCUUGGAGCAGCCGUAGGUAUCCUAUCACGUUCUAUUUCAAUAGAGGGUGAGGUAGUGGACGGGGAUGCUGAUGCAUGGGGCGGCAGGAUUAUUACGUCAGUUACUUCCAUUGAUGGAGAAUUGCGAACAGGAUAUGCUCGACUGCAUGAUGUAUCAUUGAAGCAUAUGGGACAAGAUGGUUUUACCGAACAAUCCGAUCCAAGAUUUGCUAUUGCCUACACCGACACUGGAAGUGUUUCAGCUAUCAAACCGUCUGAAGUAUACAGGUGCGCGUUUGCAGAUCUUUACAACAGUGCAUUUGGUGCAUUUGGAAUGGAUGACAUAGUAUUUGAAGACAAUGUUGUGUUAAAUGCACUUGGAAACGGUGUGGUUACAAUCUCAGAAAAUACAACCAUUACUCACAACCUAAUUGCCAACACUCAGUGGACUGGCUCCUACGAUGGACGCAACGAAGAGUUUACUUUGAGAUUUGAAUCUGCAUUGAGCGCCAUGGGGUCCAAGGACUUAAGCAUUCAUGACAAUUACAUUGCUGGCUCAGAGCGUAUCGGUUAUAAUGUACCAGGAGUAGAUUGUGAAAACAAUGCUAUAAUGUAUUCGAACAAUUUUGGUGUUGGAAAUGUCAUUGCAGUUGGUAUUUUGCCUAAAGAUGUAGUACCUUUCCAGUGCACCAGAUUGUCUGGAUUCAUAUUGUUCAAGAACUAUGACUAUGGAAUGUAUUACCACAAUACAGCCAGCUUGAUUGCGAAAGAUAACGUGAUUUCCGACGAAAAUUUUGGCCUUUUCCCGAUGGUGUUAGGACCAGAUCCACUUUCACACGUAAUAGGAAAUCAAUUUGUGAAAGUUGAAGACUCGAUUGUAAUUGGUCAAUCAUCGGUGACAAAUUGUACCGAAGAAACUAAUCCCGCUGGAGCAUAUUUAGACCUUAGUAAAGAUCACAGAAGCAGUAGGGGACCAGGUGGAGAAAGACCAUACAUUACAAUAGCCGUUUUCACUGGCGGGGCAAACAACUGCCCUAUUAAACCAUGCGGUCAGAUCAUGUCCUAUAAUGCAAUAUCAGGCGAAAUGAAGAUCAAAAAUGUAACAUUCGUUAAUUUCGAUGUUGCGAAGUCCGGCUGUAAGGCAGCAUUUGCGAUCUCUACAUUAAAAGACAACGACGACGCAAACCAUCCUGUUUUCAUUAGUGAAGCCAAACAUAUUAACGUUAAAGACUUAUUUAAGAUUUUGAUACAUAGACCUAAUGUUGGGAAGAUCAAUCCAGCGGAUUGCGUUGAUAUGGAUUGUGAUGGACUGAAAAAGGUGCUUGUGAAGGACAUGGACGGGACCUUUAUGGGAGUAAAAGGAUCAUUUAUUCCACAGUCUGAAUUCGAAUGGGAUGGAGAUGACACAAGAAGGGGUCUAGGUGAUUACAGAAUACCAAAAGAUGCGCUCACAACCGUUAUCGGCGAAGUAGUUUCGGUUGAUUCCUUAGCACCUAAGGGAAGAGGAAUUGUACGCCCUGAUGCAUGCAAAUUGGAGAAAGUAUCUAAUGGAAAAGCUGCAUAUUGGUGGUGCCCAGGUGAAGUAGAUUAUGAAAUGAUGCUUAUAGAGAGCUACGACAGUGAUAGAGAGACACGUCGCUUGUCGCCAAUAGCAUUCUUCAGUGGUGGAUAUGUCGAUCUCAUGAACGGACCUCAAGAUCAUGGCUGGUGCAACGGUUACACGUGCCAGAAGAGAAUAUCUACGUUUCUUGCGAUGAUUUUGUCCGGCAAAAAUGUUUCCAUUUAUUUCAGCAGUACCCAACCGGACCUAAUCCGCUUCGCCUUGAUUCGUGCUGGAGACGACAAGUGUGCGGUAGUCGCCUUAUACUACCUGAAUCCAAAUCGAAUUGACGUCUACAUAGAAGAUGGCACAAAACACGUGUUACCAACUAACGGGGAAAUAGACGCCAAUAACAAUUUCAGGCUUAAAAACGAGGAAGGCGUCAGUUACAUUCCUACUUGUUCUAAUGACCACGGGUCUAACUAUAUAGAUCGGGAAGCUCGUUUGAUUUAUUUCGUCAUCAAGGGAGGCACAAGAACAAUCUUUCUAAAACGUGCCAAUGUGAUUGUUGUUGCAUUUGGUUUUCCAUCCGUAAGCGAGGAGGAUUUCUUCGAUAGUGACAGAAUGAUACAAAAUAUAGCAGCCUUGUUGAAUAUUGCUGUAAAUAAGAUCAGGAUUGUAAAGAUCAUUUCUGAAAGCUCAGGCAGGAGGCGGCGUGCAGCAGAGGGAAUGACUGUUCUUUUUGAAAUUGGUGAUGGACCUACUGAGAACAUUGAUGACGACAUUGGAGACGUCACAGAGGAAGCAUCACAGUUGAUGAAUGAAUGCCAGGAAGGAAAUAUAGGAUCUGCACUGGGCGAAGAAACAAACUGUGAAGAAAUCAUUGUUGGUCAAACAACUUACAUCCCAGCACAGCCAGAAGAACUUCAGUUCCAUGAUCAAAUUUCGCCACAACAUGAAGGUGUCCAAUUCUUGGUCCAGCCAAGAAUAAGGGCAUAUGAUACAAAUGGUGACGUCAUUGACAAUUUGGGAAUCGAAGAAAGUCCAUGGGAGAUAACGGCUUCAUUAAGGUCAUGUGAUCCAGCGUGUGGACACGCUAAUGCUGUCUUGAGUGGAACAUUAACAAUACCAUCGUCGAAUGGCUGGUUCAACUUCACUGACUUACAAAUUUCACAUAAAGGGGAUGGUUAUAUCAUUGAUUUUGAGAUAUCCUCUCCUACGGGAACAAAUCUGACACUUGCAAGUUCUCCAUUCUCUGUGGAUGGCCUUCCAAUGACAGCUGGUGUUUACUCUAUGACAAGUGGAGAUAUACCGCAGGACUCUACAUUCUCCAUAACCUUUGAUCUCCGGGAUAACUCUACAGACAUUGCCAUUCCCGACAUCACAUGGAGGGGACAUACUUCCUUCGAUGUAACUUGUGAUCUUGUGACUUCAUCAGAAACUGGAACAUUUUCUGGAACACUGAGUAAAACAUUUGACAGUGCAACUGGCAGAGCAACUUUUGAUGACCUGACAUUCUCUGGAUAUGGGCUGGUCACUAUCUCUUGCCUGGUUGUUUCAACUCCGGAUGAGUACGAGUUCUAUUCCUUCCGUAAGGUUUUUGUUCUCGGCUCCCAUCAAGCUUCCAUCGUACCUGAGGCUUCAGCAUAUAUUGUUGUGAGGUACAAUGCUGACUACGAUCUGACAUUACCAACACCAGUUGCUGCAGCUCAACUUGAACAAGCGACCAUUGAAGUUUUCACCAUUAAAUAUACGGGUGUUAUCAUUAGAAAUUCGUUUUUAAGCAAAGGUAGCAUCUUGGUGACUUUCACUGUUGAGGGACAGAGCUUAAAUGUUACGUCAACAAAACAAGAAAUUUGUAAAGAAAUAUCGUCAGGAAUGCAAAUUACCAUUGGUGGCACUGCCUUGACCUUAGAUAAGUACAUGACAGUGGACGGUACUGAUUACUAUGCAACCUGUGGAGAAAGGGAGAAGGAAGACGAUGGUCUACAUCCUGCGUAUAUUGCACUGAUUGUUUUACUGUGUCUGCUGGUCAUUGGCAUCGUGGUGUUUGUUGUCGUCUGGAGGUUAAAGAUCCGGCCAAAAUCAAAGACACAUGAAUUGAGACGUUUUACAGUCACUGAAUACGCCGAUUUGAAGGGCGAUGAAACUAACAACACCAACAGAGGAGGCUUCUACUAUAUAGAUAAUGGGAGGACUGUGUUCCUUGGCGCGCAGAAUCAGAAAGCCAGGGAGUUAAGUAACAACCCCAAAGGUAACAGUAACUUCCAGCCACAAGUGGCAGCACCUAUUACCACCCUGUAUGACGAAAAACCAGGCCGUUUCCAUUUCCGGAGUUCCCCAUUGCCCCCCAAACAGGAAGAUGGGACCAGGGGUAUUACGCCGACAGGAAUGUAAGGCCGAAAUAUAUGCCCGUUUUCUGUUUUAUUACUUGUUAAACAAAAUAUUGUUCACAUUAAAAACCGAUACUAUCCAGCUGAUCGUUCUUCUAUAAGUUGGUGACACAAAACGGGCAUAUGCUUGACCAUUACACACGAAAGGACAUAGGAAUGUAUGAGAACUAACGGACAAGAAACUAUAUGUUUAGAAAUAUUUACAUCUGCCAGUGACAAUUAAAUGAAAAGUAUUUGUCAUAAAGUGAUCUUAUAAUUGUAACAAUUGGAAAAAGAAUCACAGAAAUGUAUUUCCUAGCAAUCAGUUUAAUGAAAUCAACAAUGUCACAAACGUAAGUAGUAAAUCAAUUUUGGUGCGGUCUAAUAACUUUAUUAACAACGUUAUUUGUUCUAUUGGCUAAACAUGUAAAAAGAUCUUUAUUGUUGUUCGUAUUAAGAUAUGUUACAAGUUUGUUGUUUUUUUUUCUGUCUGGAAAUUGACAAAAAAAAUAAACGAGUUUUGCGAAAAGAGUUUAGCCAUAACCGCACUACAAUGUAUAUAGUUAGAGGCUUUGUUUUAUAUAAUCCUGUGCUUUUGGACUAAUCGUAUGCCUUAUUAUAUACAGUAGUGUCUGGACUGUUUAGGUGCAUUUAAUUUUACUAACAUGUUAUCAUAAAAAUACAAAAAAUGACAUGAAGAAAAUUAGUGAAUCGAAUUGAUAACAAAACUUUUUUUGUCACAGAAUCGAAACUCUUUUUGAAAUAAUUUUGAAUAAUUUAUGUAAAUUUACAUGCAUCUGACAGUUUUCCUUGCCAGCAGACAUUUUCUCUGAAAUUUAAAAACUAAAACACUAGGAUAUUUUUUUACAAAUUGUUCUGAAAAUGAAUACAUUCCAUUCAGUUUCCUAAAAAAAAAUAACUAAAUACAAUGUCAUGUUCUCAGUCUUGAAAGUGGACGUACUGGGAAUUUCGAAGCUGUGAAUAAUAAAUAUAAACUUUUAAGGAGGAAAACUUUUGAAGAAUUAACCAUUCCACAAUUUUACAACUACAACACUCCUGAUACUUCCACAUCUAUGAUUAUAAGUCUGGCUUUGAAUAAGAAAUGGCAGUAUAUAUGCAUUGCUCAAAUUUUAUAUUUAUACCGGCUCUUUAACAUUUUUUUCUGACUGCUUGGCAGGGAUUUAUUUACUUGUUGCCUAGUUAUUUUUGUAAUACGUAUCUGUGAUAAACUUGGUAUCCCCCGUGAAAGGAGAUGGAUUCACUUUAAGUUCAGUCUUUUUUAUAUAGGCUUUUUUCCAAAUAAUAUCAGAUGAUAACUAAGAAUAAUUCAGAUAAUUAGUAGAUGAAUAGCAAUUAUGUUUCUAUAAAAUGAAAUCCUCAUUCAAAGGUUUGUAUUUAAAACAUACUUAGGUAACUAUUUUAUCUUAACAGCAAAAAUACGUAUUAGGUCAAAAAAGCUAAAAUGACAAAAAGAAGUCACAGUUAAAUUGUAUCUGUAAUUUUGCUAAAUAGGACCAACGUUAAUAGUAUGAAAGACAGAAUUAUAUAGUUUUAAGGUUAAAACAACUCUUAAAUCCUGUGACCAUGCAGAUUAAUUUCUGUACAUUUAUGGCACGAAAUUGAUUUCUUGUUGUUAAAGAUAAUUGUAAAGUCACAAUUAGGAAAUGUGAUUAAAGAUUAUUUUACCCCUCGUAAUGAUGCAUGUUAUUGUCAGUGGAUUUGCUAAAUGGCAUGGAUUUAAACUAGAACUUCAAUGUUAGUGCAAUCUUUUGCUUGAAGACAUUGAUGGUUACAAUAAUGCACUGUUAUCAAAACUUUAUAUUUGCCAGCAGUUAGGUUGUAUAUUUGCCUUGAAUUACUGUCAAACUUAAAAUGUGUUGGCGAGAAACAUACCUACAAAAUUUGAUUUGUCAGCUAUGUGAUUUACAGCUAGAAUUUAUGUUGGUGAAUUGCUAUGUUUUUCUAGUUGCAUAAUAGAACACUGUAGUCAGAUCUGAUAAAUAUCAUUGAAUUUGACUAUUUCAGUUUUGUAACAUCCAAGUUAUAUAUUAAAACACUGUUCCUCAAGAUUCUCUUUAAUACUAUAUCUUUAUCGACAAAAUUUACUCUUACGGUGGAUAUCAAGUAAUUAACUUUUUGAUAUAUUGUUGUGAGUGUGUAUAUUUAAUCAUAGUAUUUUAAUUCCCCGCAAACGAAGUUUAGUCGUGCAUAGGAGUCGUCUUACGGUCAUGCGGCCAGUCCGUCCGGGUGGAAUGAACUUCUGCUUUGGUUUCCCUAUAACUUUGAUAAGUGUUAUAUGUACAUGCCAUAUUUUUCCUGGAUGCACCCUUAAAGUCAAAAUGUGUACACUGGCAUCAAAAGGAAGUUUGUGGUGCGAACAACUUCCACAAAUUUAAAUAGAUUCCAAAUACACUUCAUACACAUAUUUAGGUCAGUAAAGAUUUAUGCAUCGUUGGACUGUUACGAAUAAUACAUACUGGCAAUUUUGCUGCAAAUUACUUCUAUAACUAUUUAUGUUUUCCAAUGAAACUAAUACACAUAAAUUUUAAUUGUGCAUCAAAUAAUUUUAAUGCCAGUUGAUGAGUUGCAGAGUUCUGUGCCCUUGAAUGUUGGCAAAAUGUAUAUAAUGCAUUUCUGUUCGAGACUGAUAUAAAGGUUACAUAGUUAAGUAUGAGCUGAGAUUUUCCUCUGACAAACUAGUUUUGCGAGGUGACAAAGUGGUUUUGCGGGGAUAUAAAUCACUUCCUGUGAUAGCUAACGUUAUUGUCCAUUUCACUUUAAAUCACAUUUUUACUAUGUUGAAAGAUGAGGUUCAGAAAUAAUCAGUAUGUUGGGAAGGGGUGUGUUUAUUGAUGUGACAAGACUCGAAAAACACGAGUAACAUGCUAGUAUAAGUGACUGAAAGUCACGCAAGUGGCAUUUUCCUCAUGUAGUGGAAAUUAGGCACGCUCAGAUAACAAAAAAAAUAAUGAUUUGUUCGCUUUAAAAUUUAAAUUGCCUUUGUUUUGCUCUACCACAAGUGCAUUACUAAGCAAAUCGUGCCUAAUAUUAGCCCCUUCCCAUCAUCUGGUGUCAGGUGCCAUAUUGUAAUUACUAAAGUGUCAUAUCUCUACUGAAUAGUAGAAAAUAAAUUAAGCGAAUUCUGUCAAGCUGUUUUCUCGACACAAUGGCAGUAUAAGAGCGGCUCGCUAGUGAUGACAGUUCGAGCUGCGAAUGAAGCUGUUUUUUUAUAUGAAGAGAAAUCUUAACAGCACCAUAUAUUUUAUUAGAUAAAUUCUUUGUUAUUAUUAUUAUUAUAUAUAUAUAUAUAUGUAUAGCAAUUGUCACUGUCUGCAUUUUUUGCUUGACUAUUCGGAGACUAGAGCUAUUCUACUCACCCGUGCGUCGGUGACGGUAACAGACUGGAUCGUCACCUUGCACAAUGUUUCCUCAGGCUUCAUUGCCUUAAACCCUACUGAAAUAACGAAGACAACUCUUUGUUAAAUUUUAUUCAAAAUGUGACCCUUUUUAGACUAAGAAAAUUCGGUAAAAGUUUUGCAUGCAACUAUCAAGUUCUAUCUCGGUUACAAAUAUGUGUUGGAUUGAAAAUGCACACAAUGCUUCCUAGUUUUUAUAAUUACUGAAAUAACAAAGUUAGAUGACUCUUGAAUGAAUUUCAUUUUAAUUAUGGCCCUUUUUGACUUAGUAAGUUUGGUUAAUGUUUUGCAUGCAGCUAACUAUCAAUCUGUAUUUUAAAUAAUAACCACAUGUAUUUGAUUGAAACUUCACGCUAUACUGCAUAGUUAUCAGACCUACUGACAAAGUAAGAAAGAUCGCUAUUUGUUGAAUGUUAUGUAAAUUGUGGCCCUUUUUGACUCAGAAAAUUUGGUUAGUAGAUCUAUGUCAAUACAAGCUGAUACCAUUGCCAUAUUAAAAUCUAAAUUUGUUGUAAAUUAUAAUAAAAUAACUCUGUUACAUGUAUAUGUUUUUUAAUAUAAUCUUUAUUUGGUAUAAAGUUGAAUAGCAUAUUCACAGCCAGGUGAUACAAAUACAAUUUCAAAAUGUUACAAUAUUUAACAUUUUACAGAGAAGUAACAAAACAACAAUGUAGUGUAAUUGAUCUCUUAAAAAUAUGGUAUGGUAAAGUUUUUACAACUCUCCGAUAUCUGAUUGUUCCCUAAUUUGAAAUGCGACAUAAAGAUGUUUUGAUGACUUGUUAAGUUCUUGAAUUUUUGCUGACAAAUUUUUGCUUCAAAUUAUAUUGAUUUAGCCAUUUGCAGAGGUAUGGUUUAAAAUAUUGUUUUCUUAAAUUAUAAUAUUUUGGGCAUACUAAAAGAAAAUGGAACUCAUUUCCUGAAAAUGAAAUUCAUUUGCUAUAACAUUCAGGGUACAUAUUUGACAUUUCCAUAUUGUCAAGUUAUGGCCCUUUUUUGACUUUGAAGCUGUCGAAUAGUCAAGCGCACUGUCUUAUGGAUAGUUCUUGUUGUCACAUUUUCCAGCUCUUUUGCAGAUCCCAUUUCUUAAAAAGGAAGCACAUUAUUAUCAGUUUGAUUUUACUUGAUUUAUCUAACAUAUUUACAGACAAAUUCGACAUUUUGUAAUAGAAACGUGAAAUGACUGAUUUAAAGGUUUUGACCAAUUAACAAGUUAUGUCUGUUCAAAGAUCUCUGUGUUUAUUUAUUCCGUCCAACAAAGAAUUGUGGUAUUUUAUGUUUGUUACACUAUGUAUAUAUAAACAGGGUGGCCACAGACUCUGGAAAGCAGGGAAAAAGGCUAAAAAAAAUCCCUGCAUGGAAAAUUCAGGGAAUUUGAAAAUUUUGAAAAAAUCAGGGAAUUAUCAGGGAAUUCUUCAAAAAUUGAAAGAAAAAAUUUAAAAGACUGUAUAAUUAUGUCUUUGCUACUGGUGGUUUCUCUUCUUCAUAAUAGUUACAUUUAUCUUAUAUAAUACAGAAUACUAUACUCUUACUGAAGUUCUCAAUGAGAUCUUAAAUUACCUAUAUAAUUGAUUAUUCAAACAGGAUUCUGAAAAUAAAAUAAAAUGAAUAUAUUUUCAAAAUAAAAUAAAUAAAUAUAAUUUCAUAUGUAUAUAGAAUAGAUGUAAAAUAAACAAGUUUAUUGGUGGAGAAGAUAUGGCUAGAAGGGGAGGAUGGAUGCCAUAAUAUUACUACAUUUAUAUUCACGAUUGUUGCUAUGCCGAACAAAGUAUCAGGGAAAAUGACUAUCCUGUCAGGGAAUUAUCAGGAAAAUUUACUUCAGUUUUUUGGUGGCCACCCUGAUAAAUAUGUUUAUACUGUUGUUUAUUUUCUCUUAGCAAGGCAAAAAUAAAUAUUUAAUUUGAGUUUUAUCCGCCCGGCUUCAUCAUUUGUAAGAAAUAUUUCGGAACAGUUUGUAACAUUUUAUUUUACUCAGUUUUGGCUAGAAGUAAUGAAAUUUCAAAAUGUUAUGGUAAGUAAAUAUGAAAUAAGUAAAACUUGCAGUAAAAAACUGGAGAAAAAAAGUCUAAAGUUCAGUAACUCCGGCGUGCUAAGAUCUUACUUCUCAAAACCUUUCAGUUUCUUUUUAAAAUUCAUGAUACAUCUGUUUUCUUCUUCUCAAAUUUAAUACACAUGACUUUGUUACUCUGGCAAAUUGAUUAAAUCUCCAGAAACAUGACAAAGGAGAGAUUACACUUUACCCAAAAUGUCCUAAAAUUUUAACCUCUAAACAGAGUUAAUUCAUCGAGAACUAUUGUUUUGUCCAACUGCAAAAGAAGUUGAACCUGUGGUCAAAUUAUUUUUGUGGACAUUGGCUGUGCUCGAUACUUAAACUUUCAGAUAUGUCCUAAGUUUGAGAGAGAAAAAGCCUGCUGCUUUUCUGAAAUAUUUGUGAUUCCAGCAUUUUCAGAGACAUAUUUUGAAAUAAUUUUCAUAUUUCAAAGAGCUAAACUUAGAUAAAAAUUCUGAUAGCAGUUUGUAAUUUUUUUAGUUCAUAUUUUUCAAAAUGUGUUGGCCGUAUAAGGCUCGCGUGAAUCUUGUCUUCUAGAAGUACUCGCCAUGGAAUAGACCUUUAAUAUAUGCAUUAUAUUUAUUAUCGAGUACUUCUCUCAUUUUUAGAAAGACUAUUGCAGAAAUAAAUGAAUAUAUUUAAAACUGAGAUGGGCAUUUAAAAAUUUUUGCUAUGAUUGUUUAAACAUAUAAGUAUCUCUUUUGUGAUGCUGUGCAUCUUCUUUAUUUCACCCUGUUUUGUAAUAAACUGUAGCUUUUUCUAAAUAAUGCAUUGGUGUUUAUUUAAUCCCGUUGGGUUAAUAUAAGCAGUAGCUGAUUACCUCCUCUGAGAAAGCGGACCGAGGAUAUAGAAAUGUAGUCGGACCUUCUAAUUGUCUGUUUGUUUGUUUGUCCGGACUUAUAAAAUGCUAAAUAAAUGUAACCAGAAG